AUGUCUCGCACCACGCAAUCACAGUUUGAUUCUCUAGCUGUCACUUGCACCACCCGGCUCCAUCGUUACCUCCUCUUGCUCGAGGUGCUGGCGUUCGAGCAUGCCCAUAUCCCGUCUGAGUCACAUCCCACUGUGAUGGAGUGGUAUCACUGGUGCACUGCAGUCUGGUCGCUUUUGCAUUGGGCGGCGUCUGCUCAUUCGGACCUUGUGGAGUCCAGGUUGCACGUUCACUCGAUUGACUCCUACCCAUGGGUCCAUGAACUGUGUAUACUUGUCAACUCUUUGCCAAUCCCUGACCAUGCUCCGACCAGCAGGACUCGCCCCGCCAUCACCCCAGAGGACGAUCCUGACCACAUGCUGUGCCUCAAGGACUUUGGUGUCAUCCCGUAG